UAAAUAUGUACUAGUGAGAAGAUUACACUAUACGGAACUAAGUAAUACGGACGCCUCUCAUGUUUCUAACAGAUUCCGAGCUGAAUCGAGAAUGCCAUUGCCAGCAUAGCCAUGGCUGAAGUUGAUCAGCUUAUUGGACCCUUUAUAAGUUGUCAUUUUGUUUGUCUUCUUCCCUUAAUCGGGCCUGCUUCCAGUAACCAUUUGCCAUAGACUAUAUUUAUGGUAUUGUUAGAUUACGGAAAAACAAAGAAAAAUAGAAGAGGAUUGAGAAUUUUGUGGAUGAAAAUGUUUUAUUUAUUUAUUUAUUUUUCUGCUCCCCAACUCUCAUCCCCAUCAACAUAACUGCCUAAUCCCACCACACAAUAAUACGCCAAAAAUUUAUUCUUUUCUGUGUCUGUAUUUUACCCCCACACAAUAAUGCUAACCUCAUGUUGCCCAACUGUUUAAAGAUUGGGCGUCUACUUUUCGGAAAAAACCCACUUAAUGGAUGAUUAUUUGUGUAAAGAUUCAGAGAGCAGGAAUGAGGUCUCAGUCAUGGUUGUUCAGAAUUGAGAAAAGAGAACAGUAAAGAAAAAAGCUACUUAAGUAUUUUGCAUGAGACGAUUGUUUUGUUGUUGGUUUACUGAGAUCACUUUACUUCUGCAUGGAUAAACAUCAAGACGUGAUUUUUCCAGGUGUUCUGUAGUAGUUUUUCAUGGGGGAUGCUGAGUUUAAGGAGACUGAAAAUCCCACAGCUUUUGACAUUUCUGCAAAGAAGAAAGAGCUGUUUUCAGCUGCCAUGAUGAGGACUAGUGAAUGGUUUGCCCUUUUCUUUCUUUUUUUUGUGAAUUUGUCUUAUACUGAUAUGCUUAAUACUGAUGUUGCUGUAUGAAUUGCUUUAAUGAUAGGAUCUUCUCCCUGGAGAUUCCAAGUGAUAUCCUUGUUCAUGUUGGGGGAACUCCCCUCUCACUGCACAAGUUCCCACUGGUUUCAAAGUGUGGAUAUAUAAGGAAAAUGGUGUCUGAAUCCAAUGAUGCUGAUGUUUCUGUAAUUGAAAUUCCUGACAUUCCUGGUGGAGUUGAGGCGUUUGAACUUGCUGCAAAAUUUUGCUAUGGGAUAAACUUUGAAAUGAGUACACAAAACAUAGCCAUGCUUAGAUGUGUUGCAGAAUAUCUUGAGAUGACAGAGGACUAUGCUGUUGGGAAUUUAGUGAGCAGAAGUGAGGCUUUUCUAACUGAAGUAGGACUUAAGAGCCUUGCUAGUGCAGUAUCCAUUCUGCAUUCUGCAGAAAAUUUUCUUCCAUUGGCAGAGGAUGUAAAACUGGUUAGCCGAUGCAUCGAUACAAUAGCUUACAUCGCCUGCAAAGACAACCAGUUUUCGGCAUUAGGCAGGGGAGACAAUGGUCACCACAGCCCUGCGAUGGCGCAUCCUAAAGCCAUUGUUGAUUGGUGGGCUGAGGAUUUAACUGUCCUCAGAAUCGAUAUGUUCCAACGGGUGCUUGUCGCAAUGGUUGCAAGAGGAUUCAAACAAUUUUCGCUUGGUCCAAUACUAAUGUUAUAUGUACAGAAGUCUCUUCGAGGUUUGGAAAUUUUCGGAAAGGGAAGGAAAAAAUUGGAACCAAGACAAGAACAUGAGAGAAGGGUUGUUUUGGAAACAAUUGUGAGCCUUCUACCAAGAGAGAAGAACUCAUUGUCAGUUAGCUUUCUCUCAAUGCUGCUUAGAGCUUCCAUCUAUCUCGAAACAACGGUUGCUUGCAAGAUUGACCUGGAGAAAAGGAUUGGUUUGCAACUUGACCAAGCUGUGUUAGAUGAUCUCUUAAUUCCUUCAUAUUCUUUCACUGGAGACACAUUGUUUGAUGUCGAGACUGUCCAACGGAUACUGGUUAACUAUCUCGACUAUGAAAUGGAGGAGAAACGAUUAGGACACAAUGCAGGUGAUCAGUAUUCUCCUCUAUCCACUGAUACAGAACGAGUUGGGAAGUUAAUGGAGAAUUACCUUGCGGAAAUAGCUUCAGAUCGAAACUUGCCGGUUUCUAGGUUCAUUAGUCUUGCUGAACUUGUCCCCGAACAUUCAAGGAUCACAGAGGAUGGUAUGUACAGGGCAAUUGACAUCUUCCUAAAGGUGUGUACUCUUCGAUUCAUUCGUUUCAUUUUUCCCAUUUUUUGGAUUAAUGCAUGUUGUUGCAGUCUCAGAAUUUGGCUAGAUGCUUAUUGAUAUGUUUUCUGCACUGCACAAUUCAUUAGAUUCAUAUUUCUUCAAGUUGAAGCUGGGAAGACUCUUAAAAACACCUGAAGAGCAUAUAGCAGAAGUCUAAACUUAUCAUUUCAUUAUUGAGUUUUCCAUCUUUCCAAAUGUAGAAUUCAGGAAACUUCAGAAAAAUUUCUUACUUUCUCUUCAUUGGUGAAACAAAAUUAAUCAAUUUUACAUUUUUCGCGCUCAACGUGUAGGCUCAUCCUGACCUAAGUGACAUGGACAGAAAGAAAGCUUGCAGCGUAAUGGACUGUCAAAAGCUCUCGAGGGAAGCCUGCGCUCAUGCAGCUCAGAAUGACAGACUGCCUGUUCAAACAGUAGUUCAAGUGCUAUACUACGAGCAACAACGCCUUCGCGAGGCCAUGGACGGGAACCUCAAGGAAGGCGAAUCUCCUCCAGGUCUAGCCCUGAGGGUGAACCGCCACUCGACAGACAUCCACUCGAAUCCACCCGAGCUCUCCAGCUUGCGAAAAGAAAAUCAGGACCUGAAACUGGAGUUACUGAAGCUGAAGACAAAGUUGAGGGAAAUUGAAAGGUCAUCAGAUAGGUCUAAUACCAGCAGUCCACUAGGAAUUACCCUUCCAAAUGCAGAGAAACCUCCACUCCCAAGAAAAUCAUUCAUCAGCUCAGUUUCUCAAAAGCUGGGGAAAAUAAACCCGUUUAUCCGUGCUGAGGGGAGUUUGCUGAAACCGAAAACUCGGACCAAACCACCCAAAGACAGGCGCCAUUCCAUAUCCUAAUACAUUUGCUUCGUCCCCUUUUUGGGUUUUUUUCUCAAAUGUGAUGAAGUAUAUCUGAUUCUACAGUUGCAUAUACAUAUAUCUACAUAAAGCUUGAAAUGAGUUUGUAUAGUUGUUAUAGCAUUUUUCCUCCAUUAUGUAAGCUACCACAGUUCCGGUUUCGAUGGAGACUAGUGAAAGUAUCAUCGACUUUACUAUGUACAAUAUAUGAUGCCAACUGGUUUUGUAUAGUUUGUAUAAUUGUCACCUUUGUGCUGCAGAAUUCUAGUUUUGGAAACUCGAUGGAGGGAGGGAAUUAGUUACUGUUAUUGUCUAUUUAUACCGAAUUCUUAAAAUGAAGCCUGAUGUAACGUAGUAGUACCUCCAUAGCAAUUUAUCCUUAGGAAAUGGUGAAAGAUACUACUAUUACUAGAGGUUGGUUGAUUUAAUCCCCC